UUGCUCCUGAUUGGUUGUUGAGAGCCGAACGAGGUUAGGUUGUACGCCGGGCUGCCCUCUGCGUGUAGUGUGUGUGGAGUCAAGAAGCAGACAUGGCAGCCAGGGGCCUGAGACUUGUAGGACAAAGCUUUGGGACUUUACUGCGGGCAAAGAGGACCCCAGUCCGAACAUGUGGACAGUUAAUGUGCACGGCAACCCAGCAGCAAAAUACCCCUGCCCAGAACAGUGAAGAGGAGAAAAAUAAAAACCAAAAUGAGCAGAGCCCUGAUGCAUAUGCUGCAGAAAAGGCCCAACUCGAAGACAAACUCAAAGACAUGACUGAUAAAUACAAGCGAGCUCUUGCCGAUACAGAAAAUUUGAGGCAGAGAAGUCAGAAACUUGUUGAAGACGCAAAACUGUAUGGUAUUCAGGCAUUCUGCAAAGACCUUCUUGAAGUCGCUGACGUCCUGGAAAAGGCAACGGAGAGUGUCCCUAAAGAAGAGAUAAAAGAUGAAAAUCCUCACCUAAAGAACCUAUAUGAAGGGCUUGUUAUGACUGAAGUACAGAUGCAGAAAGUGUUUAAAAAGCAUGGAGUGACCAAGCUAAAUCCUGUGAAUGCCAAGUUUGAUCCAUAUGAACAUGAGGCCUUGUUUCAUGCUCCCAUGGAAGGAAAGGAGCCUGGAACUGUAGCAUUAGUCACUAAAGUGGGGUACAAACUCCAUGAGCGUACAUUGAGGCCUGCCUUAGUUGGUGUUGUCAAAGGAGCAUAGCUAUAGUGUGUACGUAUAGGAGUUUUUUUUGUUUUU